AUGUACAUACACAGAAAUACACACGCACAGACACAUGUACAUACACACAGAGACAUACAUACACACAGAUACAUGUACAUACACAGAAAUACACACACACACAGACACAUGUAUACACACACAGACAUGUACACACACACAUACAUGUACAUACACGCAGACACAUGUACAGAUACACACAUGUACAUACACACAGACACAUGUACAAUUGUACAUGCAUACACACACACAAACACCCCCCCAUAAAAAGUUGCAGUACUUCGUAGGUCACUCACAGAUCCGGGUACUGCACUCUAGGGGGAGGCAGAGAGCACAGCACACACUCCUUCCUUUGCUUUCACUGCGCUCAGCUAUUGAGCAGUCUGACAGCUCCCAGUGCCAAUGACAGAUCCGGCCUGAGCUCAGAGCCUGCUCAGCAAGACGGCCCUGGGGGACACACUCGCCCCCACCAUAAUUUCCACUCGCCAUUGGUGAGCAGGCGAGUGCAAAUUUCAAGCCCUGCUCUAGCUGGUC